AUGUCUUUAUUUCCAAAAGAAAUUCGAUUGGAGACCCUAAACCGGCAUCGCAGUCUACUAAAUGACGACUUUUUCGCGAAGGAGGAUAGUAAGAGGUUUUCAAUUGUUAGAUCUAUUAUAAAUAUGUUUGGACUGACGAGAAACACCGUUAGACCCAGGCGACAAGUUAAAAUACCAUGGGCCGACUCUUACGCAACGAAAACGAGUAAAACCUCUACGCUCCCAAACCUGGAAGGUUCCAAAAAAAUGGAGCUGCGGCCACCGAAAGUCAGCGCUAGUGCACACCAUGACGAUGAUAAGGAAGGUUACUGUAGGCAGAUUUUUAAGUAUAUUGAAGAGUACCUUUACAACUCCACCUUGCACGGCUUGAAAUACGUAGGGGACACAUCAAUUUCCUGGGGUGAAAGAUUGUUUUGGUUCAGUGCUUUCCUCUUCGCUAUCUUUUGUAGUGUGUACUUCAUCUCGCAAAUAUACAGCAAGUACAAUUUAAAUCCGGUUAUUGUAAGUUUAAAUCCGAAACCCACGCCCGUUGGAGCUUUGCCGUUUCCGGCAAUUACGAUAUGCAGUAUGAAUCAGGCGAAAAAGGCGGAGGCAGAACAAAUCAUGGAAGCAGGCUCGGAAGUGGAGAAAAUGCUAUUGGAUGACUACUGUAAUUCAAACAACUCAUUUUCGAACAUAAGUACCACCAGCGACGAAGCAACCAAAUGGGAGAACGUGCAAAAAUUUAUUUUGAGGGUAAAUCCUUCUUGUCAGGAAAUCUUAAAAGUUUGUACAUGGAAGCAAGAAGAAAUGUCAUGUUUGGAUUUAUUUAAUAGCGCGUUAACCGAUGAUGGUUUGUGUUGUACGUUUAACUCCCUUCCCAGGAGCUACAUAUUCAGAAAUCCGUAAGUAGAAGGAACGGUAACGGUUUAAAUUUUUGGUUGUGGAGUGCAGGCGUGAAA